GGUGUAUUCAGACGUGCAAUGACGGAUGUGGAGAUCAAAGGUUAUAAGAUUCCGAAAGGGUGGAAGGUUUUCUCAUCGUUUAGAGCAGUUCAUUUAGACCCAAACCACUUCAAAGACGCUCGCACUUUCAACCCUUGGAGAUGGCAGAGCAACUCGGUAACAAGAAGUCCUUCUAAUGUAUUUGCACCGUUCGGUGGUGGACCACGGAUAUGUCCCGGUUACGAGCUAGCUAGGGUUGCACUCUCUGUCUUCCUUCACCGCCUAGUGACUGGCUUCAGUUGGGUUCCUGCAGAGCAAGACAAGCUGGUCUUCUUUCCAACAACUAGAACACAGAAACGGUAUCCAAUCAUCGUGAAGCGCCGUGAUUGUGGCUUAUCUUCUACUUUAAGAUGAAGAGACCAUAAGACUUUCUAUUUAUAGAAUAACAGCAUUUCUCAGGAUUAACUCUUUUUUUUUUGCUUCCCCAUCACUUAAUAAAGCCUUGGCUUCUGUAUAUACAUUUCUGUAUCUCAUGCUUCACUGAAUCUAUGUUGGUUCGCCGGAGUUGAGGAAGAGCGGGAAGGGGAGAGUGGAGCGAACCAGUAGAAGCAGUGAAGGUGUUAACUAUUGAAACGACAUCGUGAUAGUUCUCAA